AUGGGCCUCAGGCCGUUGUCUGACAGCACACCGACGGCGGCAGCAGAGAUGAAGAAGUAUGUUGGCUUAUUGCUCGUGUAUGUCCCCAUCCUUAGCCAGAUUCUGGCUUGGCCUACUUAUUUCGUUGCCGGGCGAUACCUGGGUCAGCAGGACAUGUACGAUGCCAAGUUUCAUUUCAUCUACGAGUAUCAGCUCGGAUACGUGUUUCUUGCUGUCUGGCUGGUUGGGCUGACCCGAACUAUUAUCACCAUCCUGGCGAAUGGCGCCAGGGCCCCUGCACGAGUGAAUCGGCCGGACCAGCACGUCUACAAGAUCAUGGCCAACUCGGGCCCUUUGAAGGACGCACCUUACGUUCUCAUGGCGAACACAGGGGCAGUUGGACGGUUUAACCGCGCGCAGCGGUCGAUGUACAACACAGACGAAUCCUUGCCCAUGUACCUGAUGUGCACUAUGCUGGCGGCCAGCGUCUUCGGACCGAUUGUCCUGUUGCCACUGCUUUUGACCGCCUAUGGCAGGAUUACAUUCGCGCGCCUUUACAUCGAGUCACUCGCCGCUCGUGGUGCUGGCUUCAUGCCUUCCAUGAUCGGGGAGAAGUGGACAGAGGGCUUAGUUCUUCUGUGUGCCAUCAAGGGCAUCUUCUUCAAGCCGGCCAAGACGCAGGAGGUCUCUUCCAGAAAAUCCUCGGCAGACAAGGAUAUCGUGCCGGAGGAGGACAGAAAUGCGUUGCGGAGAAUGCAUUUCGAGAGUCUCGUCAACUUCGUGGCUUUCAAUCGCAAAGAACCUCAGCGUGUCUUCCUGCCGGCAGGAGAUCCGCCCCCUCCGCCGAGAAAGGCACCUGCCGAGGCAACGGAGGUGAGCGGGAAGGAUGUUCUGCAAGCAAAUCGAGAGGCUCAGAUGGUCCUCCACGGAGUGUUGGAGAUGGAAGCUUCUGGGCCCAACUCGCUGCUGGGAAGUGUGGCCCGGAGCCUCUCCGACCAGCUCACCGCCGCUUCAGUGGAGAUUCUCUCCGAGACGUUCGGACUUAUGGUGCGAUCCUGCAUCAAGGUGGUCGACCUACCCUCAUGUAGCGACUUCCUCCUUCGCAUGGAGGCGGCUGGGCUGGCGCUUGAUGGAGAGCUCCUGGAUCAGGUCAUGGAGCUCUAUUGGUCGCAGAAGAAGCAGUCCCAGGAGCCUACACGGAACGAUUCGCUGAAUAUCCUCCCACAGCAUCUUCGAAGUGCUGCGGAGCAGUACCAGCCGCGCCAGGACGCGGCGACGUCCUCCUCCUCCUCGCAGCCAGUGUCACUUCAAGGCAUGCAGCAGACCUUUGAACAGCUGUCUCAAAGCAGCCACUUUCAAGCGCCUCUCUCUGGGCUGCCGUUGCACCUGGUCUGCUUUGCAAAGUCUUGA